UCCGCGUCCCAUAUGCCUCGUCUAUAUAUAAAUUCCUCUCAGGUUCAUCCUCAAAACCCUAACAAGCUGCCAGGAACUCCUUGAAUUCGAGUGGUUUAGCAAGAGGACCAUUUCUCUCAUCUUGGCCGUGGCAGCGGAGCAAACAUGAAGUUUAACAUUGCGAAUCCCACCACUGGGUGCCAGAAGAAGCUCGAGAUUGACGAUGACGCUAAACUUCGUGCAUUCUGGGACAAGAGGAUCUCUCAAGAAGUCAAUGGUGAUGCCCUGGGCGAGGAGUUCAAGGGCUAUCUAUUUAAAAUUAUGGGAGGCUGUGACAAGCAAGGCUUUCCUAUGAAGCAAGGAGUGUUAACCCCAGGCCGUGUUCGCCUUUUGCUCCAUAGAGGUACCCCGUGCUUCCGUGGAUACGGAAGGAGGAAUGGAGAGCGAAGAAGGAAGUCUGUUCGUGGAUGUAUUGUCAGUCCAGACCUCUCUGUAUUGAACUUGGUUAUUGUUAAGAAAGGUGACAAUGACCUUCCUGGACUGACUGAUGUUGAAAAGCCAAGAAUGAGAGGUCCAAAGAGGGCAUCAAAGAUCCGGAAACUAUUUAACCUCACCAAGGAUGAUGAUGUGAGGAAGUAUGUCAACACCUACCGCAGAACAUUCACAAGCAAAACUGGCAAAAAGUGCAGCAAAGCUCCCAAAAUUCAGAGACUGGUUACUCCAUUGACUUUACAGAGGAAGCGAGCAAGGAUCGCAGAGAAGAAGAAGAGAGUUGCAAAGGCGAAGUCUGAGGCAGCAGAGUAUCAAAAGCUCCUUGCUUCCAGGUUGAAGGAGCAGCGUGAUCGACGCAGUGAGAGCUUAGCCAAGAGGAGAUCGAGACUUUCUGGUGCUUCUAAGCCAUCUGCUGCUUAGGUCUCUGGAACAAAUUUUGAUCUUUUAGUCAAUGAGUUAGUGAGCGAAUGAGCAUCAUAGAUAGUUUAAUGUAUUUUUGAUUGCUUACUUGAGCCUUCGUGAUUUUAUUAUGGAUGUCGAGCAUGUUAAGUGGUUGACAUUUCAAAUUUUGUUUGCGCAUUUAAUGUUGGAAUUUAUUGGUGGUAUACCUUC